CAAUGAUUUAUAUUAAUAAAAUCAUCGAUAUAUUUAAGUUAUUAUAUCGAUAUCUCGUUCUUUUCAGAGACCAAUCGUGAUUGGUCCAUGUCAUGUAACAACCCAAUGACAAAAAUGGCGGUGAAUCUAAGAAGCGUUAAGAAUUCAAGUUAAAGCUAUCUCCAUGUGAAAUCCAUCAGGGCACGUUCACACAACACCCACUGGCAGGUGCAAGUGUACCUAAGAGCGCGUAAUCCAAAUGCAAAUGAAUUCAUUACAGGUCUCUCAGACUUCUCCGUGAUGAUAAGAAAAAUCUUAUUGUCCUUUCGAAUCUGGAGCCGAUCGUUACGUUAGAAAGAGGUCAUUGAACUCGGAAGAUCGAGCCACCCGUUCUCUGAGCUCGACGUACGGGUCAAGACGAAAGAGAGAGUAGGAAAAAUGGGUGGUAGGAAUGACGAAGAGGAGGAGAACGAAGUGUAUGGAAAAAAAAGAAAAUUGUAACGAGCUCAGCCUGGUGUUAAAGAAGAACUUAGGUAAGUCAGUAAUAUUACCAAAAAAAAAGCAACGAAACUUCUUUGAUGAGUAAAACUAGCUAGCUGAGUAGCUACCUAGCUAACUGAUAGAACACGGCAAGAGAAUAAUCUAGGAAGUUAGAAGAGCGCAACUCGCAUUGACGUAUACGAGAGACCAGGCAGGGAAUAAGAGGAAGAGGGGGAAGGCUCGUGUACAAACCGGGACGGGGACGCAACAGUCGCUCGGCGCACUUUGUGCUGGAAUCAUCGACGACGAUGUCGCUCUCAGAUAAUAGAUCUGACGUUUCGUGAUUAUUCCUAAUUGUUACCAUCUUUCACUGGUAUCUUUCUUCUUUCUCUUUCUAUCGUUUUACCGUAUCCUUUCAUCCUCGAUCACGUCUCUUUUCAUUCUCGUGUUACCACUUGAACCGUGAACCAGGAAGGAAAGAGCACGAUUCCAUUCAUCAAACUCUUGUUCAGUAAAGCAAAAUCAAUUGUCAGUUCAACAUCACGAAAAUAUGCAGAUAAUUUUCUUUUGGAUUCCUUCCUUGAAAUUGGCUUUGAAAUGCACUUGUAAAUGGCGUCUAUGAGAAGGCAAACAAAGUGGACGGAAUCAGGAGGAAAACGUCUGGCUUAGUGUCGACGACCUCGAAUCGUUGAACAUCCGUAAAUAUUUGCUCUCUGGAAAAAAGUUAAGUGAGUCUCACCGUUAAUAAUGGCGAUGAUAGUCUCAACCGAAAGGAUGGAGUUGCCGAAGGACAUCCCUCAGAAAAGAUUCAUCAACACGAAUCUGAUAUCUUUGAAAUGUCUCUUGUUCUUCUUUUUUGGAGGAUUGGGCAGUCUCUUCCCAUUUCUUCCACUGCAUAUGCAAGAAAUAGGAUUGAGCAUAGAAGAGAUACGAUUGAUCUCGAUGAUCUCACCAGCUGUAGCAAUUCUUGGACCGCUUGUAGCCGGUCCGAUAGCAGAUAAACUCGCUGGACAUCAAGGAAAAAAUGAAAAAUCAUCAACUGGUCGAUAUUUGAGAGUAAUGAUAGCUAUUUGUUGCGUCCUCUCAGCUCUCUUCUACGCAGCCUUGCUGCUUUUACCGUCAACUGACAAAAUGGAGUCAUCAAUAAUCAUAGAAAUGAUCGAUCCAUCGAUUGCAAACAGUCCAGGUUUAAAAUUUAGUUGUGAUGAAACUGGUGCGACUGUUCAGCAAGAGAGAUGCAAGGAAAAUAUGGAUUGUCAUCGUUGGUCUGACGAGGACAAGAUCGGUAUAUUGCUUUUAGAGAACUGUAAUUAUGCUUGCUAUCCGAUUGCGACGAAACGAUGGCAAUCAUCGGAAUCCGAGGAGGAAUCUUCGUCUUAUCGGACUGUCGAGUCAGAAAUCGAUGAAGAAGGUAGUGCUGAUACGACCGUUACUCCUCUAGAUAUUGGAGUGAAUUACGUUGUUCAGGAUUUAGAAGGAUCCGAAAGAACACGUAGAUUUGCAAUACCCGAGAAUGAACCACCCCAUCUUUGUUUCAAAGAUGACGAUAACGUGGUUUGUCACGUAUAUACAGAAUACUCCGAAGACUUAGCUCUAAACGUCAGUCUAAAACAAGCUAUAAAUGCGGAAGAUAGAGAAGCUUGGUGUGCGUAUCCCGUUACAGAAUAUUUCAAUUGUCGAAUACCGCCUGAACUUGAGACGAGAAUGGCAGAGUACAAUCAAACUUGUACGAUAGAAUGCGAUUUGAAGGAUCCUUAUGUAACUCCAGGUAGCAUAUUAACUGAGAGUCAAUGUUCACAACCGUCCGAGCUCGCUGAAUUAACAUUCUGGACCUAUUUGGUAAUUCGAUCUAUCGCUGAUAUUUUCCCAACAACUGCUAUCGCCUUGGUCGAUGCAGCAGUCGUGAUAGCGACACAAGAGACUUCGUCAGGUCGUGGAGACGUUGGUCGACAAUUAGUAUUCGGUUCUCUUGGAUUUUCUAUAUUUGGUUCACUCACUGGUUACCUCAGUACUCUUUUAGAAGGUGCAAGCACGAUUUAUUAUUUACCGAUCUUGAUUCAUGCUGGACUGAUGCUUCUCGUAGCAAUCGUUGCUUUAGCAGCAAAUAGUAUGCCACUUAGUCCACCCGAAUGGUGGUGGCAUACUAGAAGUGGAAUGUUAGCCUUGCCUAUGAGUGCUAUUAAAAGAUAUGGUAGCGAGACCGCUGCUCUUGUCAUUAUCCUUAUGGUUAUGGGUACCUUCUGGAGUGCCAUGGAUAGUUAUUUACCUCUGUAUCUUCAAAGGCUAGGAGGUGACAGCUUAUCCAUCGGAGUUGCUAUGACUGUAGGAGCAGUCCCGGCUUUUCUAUUUCUUUGGAAAUCUGAACAUCUUGUUGAUUAUUAUGGUCAUAAUAAUUUACUCAUCACUGCCUUUAUAGUUUAUAUUAUUAGAUUUACUGGACUCAGUUUUGUCGGAGGACCAUGGUGGUCCUUAAUUUCCGAAGGUUUAGAAGUAUUCACAUUAAGUAUUAUGUGGGUAACCGCCAUUCUUUAUCUGAGACAUCUCGUCCCUCGUCAUUUAACAGUAACUGCUCAAGCUUUGCCUGUGAUUGCUCAUUUUUGUGUUGGUCGAUGUAUUGGUGCCGUAAUCGGGGCUUAUAUCAACAUCGAGAAUGCUAGUACAAUCGAUUCUUUGAGAUUUCUAUUCCGUUGCAUGGCUGUUGCUGCAGCAAUCGUUGCUGCAUUAUAUUUCAUCGUUUAUCAUGGUUUAUUAAAACCACGAUGCCAUGCUCAAACUGUUCAAGGCCCGAAACAACCACCCUCGAUUGUAUUAGCAGCCAUAAAUGGAAAUGGUAAUUAUACACCUUUGAGGGUUUAUCAUAAUGGUAUGGGUAGGAAAGGUCAAUUCAGAUAUUAAACACCCCAUGUAAAAAAAAAAUAUAUAUAUAUAUAAG